CCAUCGUUUGUGUUUGUAUAGAGUAUGUAGCUUCAUUCAGCUGAUGAUGUUUGUUUGAUUCGUAUGCUGUAUCAACCAAAUUUAUCAACUAUAUACAUUUCAAGAAAACUCUUAAGAUCGGAGUAUGGCAUCGUCACUGGAGGAGCUUCUUGCCAAGGAAGGGUUCAAAGGAAUCAGAAGAGUGGAAAGGACUAGAUCGUCCUUCCACGGCGGUGCUUUGACUGAGCCACGGAGACUCUCCCUAUCGACUGAAGGAGUUACAAGGAUCAGAACAAAGUCUGAGUCCUCUUCCUUUCAGGGUCAAAGCAGGAGGCCAAGGGAUAAGCCCUUUCUUAGAGAGAAAAUAAUACAUCAACGGUUGAACUAUGAAGCUGCUCAGAAACCUUGUGACAACACAAAUGAAAUUUCUAAUAAUGCAGAAAGAGGCAAAGAAAUUCCUGCCAUGACAAAUAAUAACUCAAGUCGCACAAGUUUUGAAGACAGCAACAACAAAAAGAAUCAAGAUCACUAUAUUCAUUCGGCUUCUAAUCUUGCUCUUGAUCAAGUUGCUGUCCAAGCAGUAGUCUCCAUUCUGAAUGGAUACAUGAAACGUUUUCUAAGAGAUGAGGACUUCCGGGCUACACUGCGUCAUAAUUGUUUCUCCUCUUUGAAUUUCAUUGAAUUGAAAGAAGAGAACAAUACAGAGACCAAAAUCAUAACAAGCCUUGAGCAAGCAAUCGAGACCAUUGAACAAACUGCCGAGCAGUCCGCACCUUCCACACAUCUGAAAAGAGCCACAAUGCAGCUAAGCAUCAUCACGGGCCUGAGUUUAAACGAUUUGAAGCACGGUUGUACCUGUGGGAUCCCGAAUUAUAAGUUGUCAGCCUGUGCUCAUCUUUAUCUCAGUGUGGUAUAUGUGAUACAGAGAAAAAGCAAGGUAUCUGCAAAGCAUCUCUUGCAAGUGUUUUGUGAUUCGCCUUAUCAGGCGCGAUCGAUAUUGUUGCCUGAACUCUGGGAGCAACUAUUUUCCCCACAACUUACCCAUUUGAAGGCAUGGUACGACAAAGAAGCUGAGAUUUUAGCAACCACAACAAACAGAACAAGGAAGACAAAGCUUCUUCAACAAGUGUAUAAUGAACAUUUGGAUUCUGCUACUCAUAUAUUUGCUGUAUACUACAAAGAUUGGCUCACUGAAGGAGUUGAGUCUCCAGCUAUUCCUUCCAUUAGCGUUCCAUCAAUAUCUGUCGCAGCAAGUUCAUUUGGUCAUUCUUCAGACUCUGCUAGCUCCAACGAACCCUUCUCACCCCAGCCAAUGAUCAGCAAGAAACUUUAUGAUUCUGUCUUUGGUAGCUCCAGCAAAACCAAAGUUUAUGACGCUCAGGAUAACAUAGAAAUGUGUGUUUCGGGCUCUUAUAGUUCUACUAUUGUUAAACAAACGUUAACAUAUGAGUCUGAAACAACUAAAUUUACAGAUCAGGAUAUUGAAGAUUUCGCUCUCGGUUUACCAAUUGAAGCGCUCCAUCAGAAAGGAACUCAAGUUACAGCAGCAGAAGAAUUAAAGGAAAGGGGUAUCAGCAAUAACAUUGACAAACCCUUCUCCACACAAACCUAUUUAGACAGCCACAUAGUGGAUGCUCUAUCAUUUGGUAAGGAAGAUGAACUUACUCUCAUAAGGCCAAACAAGAUGAGGUCUGCUCUUGCAGCAUUAUGUUCUCCAAGCACUCCAGACGAAUUUAUUUGUCCUCUUACGGGAACUGUCUUUGAGGAACCAGUCACCCUGGAGACUGGUCAAACCUUUCAAAGAGAAGCCAUCAAGGCGUGGUUUGAGAAGGGAAACAGAACAUGUCCGGUAACUGGAAAUACUUUAGAAUUUGUGGCUAUGCCGCUUACCAACCUUAUUUUGAAGCGUGUGAUUGAUAAAUGGAAGUCAGAAAGUUUGGAUCACCUUCUAAAUCUUGCUUCUCAAACAGUGGGAAACUCAAAGGAAUUUAACUCAAGAAAUGAUGAGGUUGCUGUUUUCAAAUUGGAGAGUUUCCUGUCUUCUUUCAAUGAUGAGGAGAAAAGAACUUAUGCCAAGUAUCUCAUCUCUAUAGGAGUUCUAUCAUUUCUUUUUAGGAGGUUUGAACUGGGAAAUUUGGAGGAAAAAUCACGUGUGGUGGCACUCUUGUUAAUUUGUAUUGUAUCAGAAUCUCGCUGCAUAUAUCGGAUAGCAGAAAAUAUCAACAGAAAAUGUCUUCUUGAGCUUCUUCACAGCAAGGAGGUUACUCCAUUAACAAAUGCAAUAUUAUUGCUUACUGAACUUUCAUCCAUGAAGAGGAGAAAGGAUGUUACAUCAUUCAUUAGCGACUUGGUGGGUGAAGAUGUUUUUAAAACACUUCGCAUUCUACUCAAGUAUCUUAACAAAUCUACUUCACAAGAAAAGUCCCUAACCGCCGUUCUGUUGCUGCACUUUGAUCUACUGGUUGAGCCUCAAAAGUUUAGCAUAUACAGAGAGGUGGCAGUGAAUGUCAUUACGGCAGCACUUGAUGCCAGCUUAAAUGAUGAGAAGGCCCGAGCGGAGUGUUGCAGAGCACUUCUAGUUUUGUGUGGGCACUUUUCCUCUAAUGGGAGGAUACUGACAAAGACUAGAACCUUUGAAGAAGCAGAUUGCAAUAUCAACACAUCGGAAGUAAGACUUCAAGGCCAUGAAGAAGAGGGUCUACUGUGGGAUCAUGCAGCCACUUUGUCUGAAGAUGAAGAAGCAAUGGUAGAAGAGUUGUUAAUGAAGUUGUUAGAAUCACUAGUUGGAAAUGGAGAAAGCCCAUUUUUGACCAACUUAUGUAGAUGCCUAGAUUCUAGACACCUAGAUUUGGUGAGGGAGUGUCUAGUAACGGUUAAAUGGUUGAGCUCCUCACUCUCCAAGCUAAUGAAUGUGGGAUUUCAUCUUCCUGCCUUCUUAGCUCUCAUCUCUCAGUUGAAAGGAAUCUUGGAAAAUGGAGAACUUGAGCUCAAGACUCUUGCGUCAGUGUCCUUGCUUAAUUUCAGUAAAAUAUCAGAAUGCAGAACUCUGUUGAAGACAAUGGCAGAAGAUAUUGCACCCCUUCUUCAUAGGCUUGUCGACGUAACAUGGACUGCUAAGCAGCUGCAUGCCAUUGUGUCUGGGGGAAAUCUGUAGACUGUGUAAUUGUGUAGUAUUAUAGGGAGUUUUCAUUUUGAUUUUUGAUAGUAUUUAAUGUUAGAAAAAGCAAAUACUUUUAAC